AGGCCAGCGGUCGCCUUGCACAGCGGUGACGAACUAGGGGUGUCUGGGUAGAAGCGGUGACUCGCUUCGGAGCGUAGCCGGUCGCCGUCGGCCUUUGGCCCUGGUUAGGAACUGUCAUCCAUUGCAAUGAAAAACAACAUCCUGUGAGUUUGCUUUGAGCUUUCUACCUCACCUGCUUCAGAUAAGCUGUGCUCUGGGAUCUCCUGGGGAGGGUUUGUCCUCAGGGAGACAUGGCCUUCCAUGGCUGGAAGCUGCUGCUCCUCUUGGGCAGGCAGGACACCUUUACCAAGGCUGUGAGGAGCAGGAGAGGAGGCCCCUCUCUGCGCUGGAAGCGCUGCUGCCAUUGGAGUGCUGGCAAGUCUCUGGACCCUGAGGUGAGAGCGUUUUUGGAGGAGAACACGGAGGUCACCAGCAGUGGGCAUCUCACGCCAGAGAUACGACUGCGCCUCCUCACCCCUCGCUGCAGGUUCUGGAAGGAAAAACCUGACCUGUGGCCUUAUGGGGACCCGUUCUGGGCAAUUUACUGGCCGGGAGGCCAAGCCCUCUCCAGGUAUAUUUUAGAUAAUCCACAUGUUGUUAAAGGACGAUCGGUUUUGGAUCUGGGAAGUGGAUGUGGAGCAACAGCAAUAGCUGCCACGAUGAGCGGUGCAUCCCAAGUCCUUGCUAAUGACAUUGAUCCUAUUGCAGGAAUGGCAAUGAUCUUGAACUGUGAACUGAACCAUCUGAAUCCCUUUCCCAUCACCAUUAAGAACAUCAUUAACUCAGAGGCUGGCAACUGGGACCUCAUUGUUCUAGGAGAUAUGUUUUAUGAUGAACAACUUGCUGAUGGCCUGCAUCAUUGGCUGAGGAAAUGCAUCAGGAUACACCAAACUGAAGUGCUGAUUGGUGACCCUGGCAGGCACCAGUUUUUAAGUCACAGCAUCCGCCGGCAGUUGCACAAAGUUAUAGAAUAUUCACUUCCUGAGUAUACGAGGCAAGAGAACAAUGGAUUAACAUCAAGUAUUGUCUGGAGUUACCAGCCUUCAAAGAGCUUAGAAAACUGCUGAAGCUGGCUUUCUAAUGAAUUUUGUCUCACUUGGUUGGCUUUUUUUGGAAGUGUGUAAAUCACGGAACAUGUUUGGUGAUGCAAAGCAGAUUCCUGUACCUUCGCUGCACUGAUUUCAGUCAUACCAAGGCUUUUGCUCCAUUCAAGGUAAAAACCACAUGCAAACUGUAUUCACGCGGGCCUGUGCUGAGGUGCAAAUACAAAGACAAGGUGACAUGUAAGAAGAGUUUGCAUGCUCAGUGUUUUUUGUGUAUGUUCACGUCUUGCCCUUUGAUGCUAUUGUGAAAUGUUUUGGGCAUCCAGCAUACUGCCUGGGGGAGAAGGUGGGAGCUCAAAGAUUACUGCACUGCUUUCACAGACUUAGGCAGCUUAUUAACAGAGAAAAUUACUGCUGUCCUUCAUAAAACUGUCUGCUGGAUUAUUAGCUCAUUCUAUGCUCAACUGAAAGUGCCUUGCUCUUUUUCUGGAUAUCUCUUCUGAAUGUUAAAGUAACUAAUUUGAGUCUCCCCCUUCCC